UAGCUGAUUAUGGAGAAGGCCGUAGUACCAGCGACGAAGAUGCUACACCUAAACACAACAGACGACCAACUACCUGUUGAGGUGCGCAACGCUAUGCACCCCUUAACACGAACACCUCCACAAGUACGACGCAUCGGACGCGUAACACUGGCGCUAGCAGUGGUCCAGAUAGUCCUUGGACUACUGGCGAUCAUACUGGAGUCUGUCGCCUUAUGGAUUUAUACACGGUUCUCCUACCAGAUCGAUUAUGCCCCGCUGGGGACAGGAGUGUGGUGCGGACUGUUCUUCGUCGUGGCAGGUCUUAUCGGUGUUAUAACAGCGAGGAAUGAAACGAAAUGCCGCGUGAUUUCAUUCAUGGUUCUCAGCAUCAUCGCUGCAUGCUUUGCCGCUAUUCUCAUUAUCAUAUCAGGCAUAAACAUUGGAGUAAUAGGGAGGAGAUGUUACGGCAUAGACCCAACGAUAAGCUAUGUCGAAGAGUCGCCAAACGACAGAUAUGAUUACGAUUAUGGCGCAAACACGCCGCGGACUCCCAGCAGGACUGUUAUUCGCAAUCCCGCAUAUUCACAGUGUGAAGCAGACCACGGCAAGGUGAGAAAUUUAACAACCGCUACGUUACUCUUCGGCUUAGCUGAAAUGAUCGUUGCGAUAUGGUGUUCUGCGUUAUGCUGUAAGGUUGCAUGCUGCGGCAGCAGAGGCAACGAAUCUGGGCAAGAGAUAGUUGUCUACCAACCUCGAGCAGCGACCAAGCAGCCUACUGCACCGCCAGAUGUCGCGCCGUUCUCAGGCUCCAUUGCCAUGAACCAAAACAUCCGCACGGAGAUCACGUGCGAUUUGCCGUACUAUUCGACAAUCGGUCCCGCACAAACAUCUCCGGUCACGAUUGUCGUAGAGAACCAUCCGCCUCCCUUGCCGCGGCGACCCCACCAAGCGAUCGAUAGCAUGCAAGUGCUACUAAUCGAAAGAAUAUGCGAAGGAUCGACCAGUGAGGUGCACAAAGCAACAGUACACGACCUCCAUGGCAGGGGCGAACGCACACUGGUGGCAGUUAAAUGCGUAGCGAGGAAUAAACUGACGGGUGAGUUUGAUCAGCGCGUGAGAAAUCAGGUCGAGCAGGAAAUACGCAUUCUUCAGGAAGUUCCGCCACACGACAACAUUAUGACUUUACUCGCGUACGCCGACGAUCCCACCAGAGGGCCGCUAUUGAUCACGGAAUAUAUGGAACACGGAGACCUAAAAUCGCUAUUGCAAAUAUCAUCUGAUAUCGAGGACACUUACCUAAAUAUGACAGGGAUCACCAUGCAACAGGUAAUGGCGUUUGCCUUCGAUAUCGCUAAGGGGUGUGAGCAUUUAGCGAGUUUCAAAUACCUGAACAGAGAUCUCUCUGCGCGUAGCGUUCUUGUUAACGCUAAUAUGACGUGUAAACUCACAAAUUUCGGCUCGGCGCGUGAAGUUAUCGAGUAUCGUAAGAAGGUGAAGAAGUCGGGAAUCAGAAUUCCUGUACGCUGGAUGGCACCGGAGUCACUGCAGUUUAACACUUACACGGUAGAGGGCGACGUGUGGUCGUACGGUGUGCUUCUGUGGGAGUUGCUCACACUCGGUGCAACACCAUAUCCGGAGUGUCAGACGGCGGCAGAAGCUAUAGAAGCUAUAAACAGUGGACAACUUAUGGAGAAACCGCUCGGAUGUACCGACGACCUAUACGCCCUCAUGCGGGGAUGUUGGGUGCAUAAACCAGAGAAGAGACUAACGUUCACGAAGAUGCGUGGAAAAGUCGAGGGUUUGUUAGGCUCGUUCACGGGUUACACGCAGCUAGCGAAUACGCUGACACGAGAAAUGUCUCUCGACCCGCACGUGGAUAUAAAAAAUAUCGAGGAAUUACUCUAAACGUCUAUAAUCUGUUUCAGUAUUACCAUUGUAUUAUUAGCAUAUAAACAUCUUAGUUCCAGUGAUUAUGGGGGGGGGGGGGACAGGAAUUCCAGGGAUUAAUUUUUUGCCAAAAGAUGCAGCGCGCACACAUAUACGUGUGUUUAGUUUCUAUCAGCAGCAGCGUCGUCGAGGUUUUUUAAUUUUUUACACAUUCAAGUUACAGUUCAUCUAAUAUUCAUUUACCCGUAUUUUUUGGUAUAAAUUAAGCAUAUAUUAUUGUAACUAAUAAUCAUAGUACUAUAAUAGCAGAGAGCUAUGUGUUAAGAUAAUUUUAUAUUGAGUAUAUGAAAUCGUCUACGUCUAACUAAUUCAAAUUGCCUAGUUUCACCGCAUAGUCAUUAUUACAUAAACCUACCAAGUAUUAUAUUUGUAUAUAAUCGUUAUUUGAGAUUGUAUUUUAGUAAUGAAUUUUUUUUAAUGAUACUGCCACCUCACCUCUUAUUCAGACUCAAUAAAUCUUCUUGAAGACCAAUAACAUUUUAUCAUUUAAAA